UAACGACAACGCACACGUUACCGAUGUUCUCUAAAAAUUUGUUAGAAAUAUUGAUACACAUCAAUAGGUACCAAUAAUCUAUAUUAUGCAGUUCGAAAAACAAUCCGCGUUCUGUGAUGACGAGAUGUAGUAAAAAUAAUAUUUUGUUGUGCUUAAUUAUUAAUUUAUUUCUUCUAAAUGAGUUAAAUAAGUUUAUUUAAUAAUUUUUGACAGUAUUUAAUGAUUUAUCAAAAACAAAUCAAAUAUGAAAACUCGAUUUUCCACGUUGGACAUUAUGUGUGUCGUCAACGAAAUUCAAAAGUAAUUGUCUAUUUAUUGUACUAAUUGGAUUAACUCUUAAUAAUAUUGCACUUCAUUUAUAUUUUAUAUUAUAAUAUGUUACUUCUUCUUCCUCUUUACCUUUACCCUAAGUAAGUGAAAUCAAGUACGCUUACUCUUCUAUCGUGAUAUCACCUUUAACAACAUCUAUGCCUGAUUUCUAACCUAUUUUCUCACAUUUUUUUGGUUAUAAUUACUGCUCUUAGAUUACCUUUUGUAUCAUAUUCAUUACUAAUCCUACCCAAUUUAGUUUCACCAGACUUGCACUUCAACAUUCUUAUUUCUGUUUCUUCCUUUGUCUUUAAUGACAUAACUUUAUUAUAACAAAACUCUUUACUUUUCCUUAUUUAUAUUAACUAUAUACUUAUAUACAUGUUCUAUAACUCUUCCGUUCUCUUAUGCCAAUGAGUUUAAAUACCUACUUCCAAAAAUAUGUAUAGGCACUAAGUUAGGUAAUUAAGUAAAGUUGAUUUUUUGCCCAUUUGAGAAUGUACUUUUAAUUAUGUUUAACAGUAUUAUUAGUUUUAAUUGAUUAUUUACUUUUACAGAGGUUAUAGGUUUGUUUUUUGUGAACUUUGAGUAUUUUGUAACUUAGACAUAUUAACAUGCUAUACGAACAUGUUUAAUAGUUUAUAAUAUUAAAAGGAAAAGAAAAAAAUAACACAAUUUAUCUAGGCACAUAACUUCUAAAAAAUGUAAUACACAGUAGUAUCUUUAAGCAGUAGGCUAAUUUAUACUCCGGGCCACAAGAGAAGUAAACCGUUUCGCGCAUGUUGACUAAUGGCAAUGCCUGUUACAAAGCCCCUCACUUUGUGCCAUUCAGUAAUUCAAAUAGGUGGGGAUGCUCAGAAUUAAAUGCGUUUCAGUCGGGACACAGUUUACUUCUUUCGUAGUAGCAAUAGAAAUAGUUUGGGAUUUGAGUAAUGUAGGCCCAUCUUAUGUUAUCUUAUUGUAUUAUGUAAUAUCUGUAUGUGUGUUACUUAAUAAAUUUAGAUAAAUUGUCUUAAAAAUUAUACACGGUGAAUAUUUAGCCUUUUUUUAUUUCUAAUUACCUUCACCCAAAUGAUACCAUAUAAAAUAAAACUAAUUAUUAUUAAUUUUGAAAAAAAAAAAAAUAAAUUCCCAGUAUGAAAAUAUUAUCAAUAUUAACAAUAUGUUAUAAAAUUACUUUCAUCUUAUAAUUAAAAGAAAUGUGUUAUUAGUUUUAUUGAUUCUUUUGAUUCUAUUUAAUUUAAUUUUGGUUCUUUAGAACUAUUAUUUUAAAUUCUUAGCGCAACAUGGAAUUUUUUAGGUUUACAAUGGUGUUUAUUUUUUUUUUAUUGUUUUAAUAACUUUUACCAGAAAUUUUGCCCCGGUUUUCUAUAGUAGUACAUUUUCUGAUAAGAAAUUUUAUCUAAGUGUUACUUUAAGGAUGCACUUUUUUUUGAUUUUUCAUCGAUUUUCAUAAUAACUGAAAAAACGUUGGAAAAACUGGAAAAUCAACAAAAUGUAUUAUUUUCAAUUUUAUUUUUUUUGUGAUUCAGUUAAAACCCAAAUAUUAUAGUAUUGAAUUAUGUGAUUAGUAAAAUCCUAACAAGUAAUUAAGUAUUAUAUUUGAUAUGCAAACAUAGCAUUGAACAAACAAUGUCAGUAAAUAUAAUUCAUGUAAUUUUGUUUGACAUACCUAGUUUUUUUUAUGUGCUACACUGUCACACAUGGUAGGUGUUCUAUAAUAAAAUUAUAUCAUUAGGAAAAUUAUAACUUUUUCACAUUUUAAAUAUGGUGGUGCAAGUGCUAUAUUUGCAUAGGCCAAUUUACACCACUGUCAUUGACUACAUUUUCUCUAAAUAUCUCAAAUAUUUAGAAUAUCAUCUGCUACUUUUACAGUUGUAACCAAAUCAAUAUUUUUUGUUUGAAGUUGGCCACUUAGAGGUGUAGAUACUAAUAUAAAAAUGUUUUUAUGAUAUAUCUUGUUAUAACUACUGGUUCAUCAAUAACUAUCAUAAGUCGGUUUGUUUUGAUGAUUUAUCAAUGUCGUCCUAUUUACUUAUUUCGUCAAAUGCAAUUAAAAUAUAUUCAUAUAACUAUGAAUUCUAGAAUGUUAUCAUGACGUUCUAGUAGUACAUAUCAUAUUAAGCUAUUUUCUUGUGUACAUACAACUCUAUAGGUAAUCUGUUCUCUGUAUAAUAAUUAAGUCAGCUAAAAAAAAUACAAUGGAGGAGGGGGUUAUAACACCUUACCUCUCCCCCAGUUUCCCUGGAUACGACACUGAGCUGUAACAUAAAGAUUUAACAUCAGAAAUAACUUGUUCUGUUGAAUAAUUUUAAGUUUUUUUUCUUGUAAUAAUUAACAGUGCCAUUAUAAUAUAAUUCCUCUACUUUAUAUUUUUAGAUUUUGAGUAUAGCUAAGAAUGAAUUGGUUUUAAAAUGAUGUUUAUUUUUUUUUUAUACUAUGGCAAAAAUGUCUACCAGCAAUCAUGCUUUGAUAUUUAAGUGUGACACCUUUUCUAAAAGAAAAUAUCUAGGUCAGUGGUGACCAAACUUUAUUUAUAUAGGGUCAUAAAAAAUAACAAUACUUGGUAGGCCAAGAAUUUAAACUUUUACUUUUAAGUAAAUAGAAUAUUAUAAAAUAUUGUAAGUACAUCUUAAUAUCUUAAUAUUUAUGUAGGUACAAUGAUGUAUUUAAUUAUUUAUUAUACAUUGAUACUAUUAUAAAUUAGUAAAAACCAGUGAUUUAGAUAAUACUUUGUGGAGGUUAUUUUUUGAUUUUCUUAGCGGUUUUCAUAAUAUCUGAGAAAAAAUGAAUGAAAAAAAUGCUUUUAUUAUUUUCAAUUUCGUUUUUGUUGUAAUUCAUUUAAAAAUAUUCGUAGAGACUUGAAGUUUAAAUAGAAAACUUAUUUCAUUUUUUUCUAUAUGUGUUAAAUUUUUCAAAUUAUUUGAGCCAUUUUUGAGCUAUUUAUUUUUGAGCACAUUUUAAUUUUGAGAGUUUUGUACAUAAUUUUUAUUUGGUUGGUACUCUGCGGAAACAAUCGUUAAACUAAACAGAAAUGCUAAAAAAUUUAACAGGAGGUUCAUUAAAAGUUGUAUAUUGUGAUAAAAUAAAGAUAAAUGAGAUUAAUGUAAUAUUUUUUAUUAAAGAAAUUUUGAUGAAAAUCAUUUGAGUAAAAAAUUAUGUGGAACAAAUCAAAUUUUCAUUUUUUUGUUUUUAACAUAUGUAUAUUGCCAAUUUAAGAAUGAUGGUGAAGGCAGAAUUGAAAGGACUGACCUUGUUUCAAAAUUAUAGCUUUUUGAAGUUCUGAUAUUCUAUGUGUUAUAUUAAAUCUAAAUAUUGUCAAUUUUAUAAUAUAUCUAUUGUAGUCUAGUAUCUGUUGUAUCAGAAAUGGCAAGUUCAAACCUGAGUAAAAAAAAAAAACAACACCAGGUCAGGUUGGUAAUAGGAGAAAAAACAUAUACAUUUUGGGUGCGCCUAGAGAUCCAAGUAAAGUAUUUUAGUAAACAUCUUUUUGUCAACUACAAAUUAAAAAUUGUUUUAAAAAAGAUCAAAGAUAGCUAUUUUUUAAAUAUAUUUUGAAACAUGAAACAUUGAAACACAUGAACAAAAUUGUAUUAAUAAAUUGUUGUAAUCUUUAAACAUUGUAGAAACUUAAUUGUUCAUCAUUAGUAAAUAUUUAUAACACCAAAAUUUUGUUUCAAAUUGAAUACAAAAUGGCUAUCUUGGAUUUUGUUAAAAUAAUUACAUAUUUCAAAUGUUAAAAUGUUUUAUAAUUAGUUAAAUAGAAAAAUAGAAAAUAGAAGUCUUGUAGAUCAAGGCUCAAGAAAUUUUUACAAGAAAAAACUUAAAAAUAUUAAACAGAACAAAAGUUAUUUCAGUUUUCAGAUCAUCCUGUAACAUUUUGUAUAUGCAUAUAUUGUUUUAUGCCUAUAAAAGUUAUAACCUUAUAUAAAAUGUUCUAUAUUAUAAAUUUUGAAUAUCAUACUAAGUAAUUUAGAAAUUAUUAUUAGUGUUUUACUGGUCCUUAUCUAGUUUGUACUCGAUUAUAAAGUAAUAAUUAUAAGCCAUUUUUUACAUGAUUAUCCAAAAAACGAGUGUUAUUUUUUCAGGGUAAUUAGUUUUACAUGUAUUUAGAUAUAAUCUACUUUUACUUUUACAAUAUUUUCCAAAAACAUAAUUUAUUAUGAUUAAAAUUUAAUAGGACGUUUAUUAAAAAUCAGGUGUUUUUUUUAGAUUUUUUUCCUAUUAAUUUGUUUUUAUUGUUUUAGGUACAGAGGCAUGCGAUUACAAAGAGUAUAUGAUAUAGAUCAUAAAACAUACUUAUUUAAGUUUCAACGCAAUGAUGAAAAGUGUAUAUUGUUAUUAGAAUCUGGGGUUCGUUUGCAUGUAACUAACUAUGAAUGGACUAAAAAUGAAGCACCUAGCAGUUUUAGUAUGAAGGUAUCUAAUAAUAUUAGCAUUUAUCAUUUUAUGUAUUCAAUUUUUAAAAUUGUUUACAUACCUAUAUAAACUGAAUAAUAAAAAAAAAAAUUAGAAGUUAAUUAGAUUUAUUAAAAUUUGUAGAUUUUGAUCAUUCCCAUAAAUAUAAUUUUACUAUUAUUGAAAUAUUAAAAUAAAUUGUUUCUAAUGGUAGUAGUAUUCAUUAUUUUUUUUAAGUAAUCAGAUACAUGUCAGUCAAAAUAUAAAUUAAUUUGUCUCUAAAACAAACUUGAGUUGGAGACAAUAGUUCUAGUUUAAAUAAAUCUAUGUAUAUAAUAUAUCUAUACAGGCUGUCCCACAAAGAUAUACCCCUUGAACAUUUACAGAUAUAUUCAUGGGGUAUAUCUUCGUGGGACAGCCUGUAAAAAAAAACAAACAAAUGUUUUAGGUAGUACCAUAAUUUAAGAUAUACCUUAUCUUAUCUUAAACUGUGGGUACAUAAUUAAAUAAUGGUAAGAUUACAAUAUACAGUGAAAAUACACUAAUUCUAAUAUAUAUAUAUAUAUAAUUAGGUUAUUGGUUAUACAUCACAGAAUUUAUAUUAAAAUAAAAAAAAUUAUAUGAAUUUCAUAAGUAUUUAUUAUAUUUCAGUUCUUAAAUAAACUAAUAUAUAUAUAUUAAAUAGGUUUCUCUUACCAAAUUUGGUAUUGCACUUACUAAUUUUAAAUGUAUUUCUGUUGGUUUUGUAUAUAUUGUAAUUAUGAUUAAAUCUCACUUCUUUUAAUUUAAUAUAAUAUAAAUUUAAGAUCUUUUUUAUUGUAUACAAUUGUUUUAAAUUGAAUAGGUAAUAAUUAAAGGUAAUACUAUAUAAUAGGUUAUAUUCAUUAGAAAGAUCUUUAGUACUUGUCCAAACUGGUUUUUUUUUUGCAAUUAUUAUAAUAAAAUAUUUAUGGUAGUAUUAAGUAUUUUUAAAUUCCAAUCAUAUGUGACUUCCCAGGUAGAUGUCCUAUAUGAGUAAACAGAUUGUGUAAGAGUAAAUCAUACCCAUAGCAUUUGGCAAUAAUAAACUAUUUAGGGUUUUGAAUUUACAAAACACUCCUAACUCUCUUAACAACAACUCCAAAUGUGAAUCCCAUUUUAAAAUUUUUUCUGUAGUAACUCUUAGAUGUUUUACUAAAUUUUUUUAAUUUAAUACUAUGUAGUACAAAUAUCUUAAGUAUUAUAAAAUAUAUUGAUAUUAUAUUAAUUAGUAAUUACUAUCACAAACUUUAAUUAAUUCAUAACUGCAUUGAUAACUUUUAGUUGAGUAGUGAAAUUGAAAAAAGAACAUGUUUUUUUCAUAAUUAAUCUCCAGUGUGUUACUAAUAAACCAUUUAUUGGUGCAAAAAAAUUAAUGAAAAGAAACUAUGGACCUAAAACAAAUUAGGAAUUAAUUUGAUACAUUUAUUAAAAUGUGUAGAUGUCUAUCAUCUACUAUAUUAUGGAUGAUUUUUAUUGUUAUUUAAGUAUUAAAAUAGGCUGUUUCUAUAAUUUAUUCAGAUGAGAAUAUUUUAAAUAUAAUGUUUUCUGUGUUUAUACAUAGUUGAGAAAACAUUUGUCAAACAAACGAUUGGAAAAUUUAUCUCAAAUGGGAUUUGAUAGAAUAAUUGAUCUACAAUUUGGUGUUGGAGAAGCAGAAUAUCAUGUUAUUUUAGAAUUAUAUGAUAAAGGCAAUAUUAUAUUAGCUGAUAAAGAUUAUGUUAUGAUAAAUAUUUUACGUCCACAUACAGAAGAUGAAAAACAAAAGUAAGAUAUUUCUAUAAAUGUACAGGUUUCAAAAAAAAAUAAAUUAAUACAUUUUAUUUAUUUAAUUAAAGGUUUUUUGUUAAAGAGAUAUAUCCAAAUAAUAGACCUAAAAUUCGACUUAAUGUUCCAAAUGAAAAUGAAUUGAUUGAAAUACUACAAACUGCUAAACCUUCAACAAAUUUGAAAAAAUUUAUUUUUUCAAAUAUUCCAAUCUGUUUGGGUUAGUUUUUUAAUAAGUUUUUAUUUUGUAAUAUAAUUACAAAUAGUUAUAGGUUUUACAAUUUGUAGAUUAUAGCAGUUGUUUAUUGGAGCAUAUGUUAAUUAGUGGUGGUUUUACAAUGAGCACCAAAAUUGGUAUUGACUUUGAUAUUAAUAAUACAGAAGACAUACAGAAGUUAAUGAAUUGUUUUCUUAUUGCUGAGAAGUUUUUAGAUAAUAUAUCUACAUUGAAAGAAGUAAAAUGUGUUUUUUUUUUUUAAUUAUGUUUUUAAAUUAUCAUUUAAUUUUUUUUAAGGGUUUUAUAAUUCAAAAAAUUGAACAACAAGUUUUACCUGAUGGUACUAAGAAAGAAUUGUAUACCAAUCAAGAAUAUCAUCCUUUUUUGUAUUCUCAGCAUUCAAAUUUACCUUCAAAAAUGUAUGAAAGUUUUAAUGAGGCAAUAGAUGAAUUUUAUUCAAGUUUGGAAAGCCAGAAAUAUGAUGUUAGGUGUAUGCAACAAGUUAGUAUUUAAAUGUUAAAUAUAUAAAUACAAGGAAGUCUUAUGAAGAUAUACCCAUUGUAAUAUUUUGAGAGAUAAUAAAUAUA